UACCCAGUUACAACAACCAAAACAAAAGACAUGGCGACAUGGACCUGGAUAUCCUGAAGCACUCGUCGACCGUUGUAUGGGCCACCAUCCUCAUAUGGAGCCUGGAGUUAAACUUCAGGAGCUGCCAGGCAGUGCCAGGCGGAAGCAGCGCGGAGCGGGUCCACAUCCGCCUCCACAUGCCCGAGGUGGUGCGUCAACACACGCAUUUCCACAACGUCUACAAAUAUCCCAAGACAUUUCCCCAGCACUCGGCUCUAGCUCCAGCUUCAGCUCCGGGUUCGGGUCCAGCCCCAACGUCGGCCAAUCUGAAGCUGCUGGGAAAGCCGCAUGUCCAGCUCUUGGGAUAUACCACAGCGGCCGGUGGCACGGGCUCCAUGUCUCCGAGUCUGAUGCAACUGAUGGCCACAGCAGUGGCACCCACACACAUGCCACCAGCUCCCACCAGCCUGACACCCAACUAUGGGCCCGCUUUGUUCGGUAGCUUCAACCAGGAGUUGCUGCAGGAUGCGGCAUCCCUGAGCGCCACACCGACAACGACAGAGCGGCCGAUCCCGAAGCCGGCGAUGAAGCAACAAUUGCUGCAACAAUUCUUCACUCCGAACGUUAAAUCUGCUUUGCAGCAGCAGGAGGGGGAGCGAGAAGAAGAGCAAGACAGUUCCCUCGAGGAGGAUCAGUUUGAGAAGAACUCCCUGCUGAAUCUCAGCUUCCUCGAGGCUCUUCAGCGGGAAUAUCUUAGCAAGUUUGGAGGGCGACGAAAGCGCAAGAAAUCAUCCUUGAAGAUCGGCCAAACACGACCAAAGGAUUAUCAAGCUUUUCCUCAGACAAAAGCAAAACCAUAUUACUACCAGGGAAAUCAGGAGGAGGACGAUCCAUCCGAACACUUUCAGGACUACAGUGACGAGCCACAGGACGAUUACGAGGAGGUGAUGCUGAUGUCGCACGAGGGCAUAAAUGGGGGCUUCUAUCCGCCCGAAACGGACCUGGAUAAUGCCCAGGGCUACGACAGUGCUGUGGCAUUCAGUGGCCAGGACAACAGCAUCUCGGCCAUGCCCACGGUCGAGGACUUCCUGGAUGAUGCGCACAAUCAUCCACAGUCUGACUUUGGCAAUUUCUAUGAUCCCCAUCCCCAUCGCCAUCCAUUUCCCCGAUCCUAUGGCGGCUCCACUGAAAUGGCCUCUCAGCCAUCGCAGCCCUGGCUGCCAUCACCAACGACGUCCAAUAAUUGGGCCACACCCACCACCCCCACCAGUGCCCACCCCUCAAUGGGCAUCAGAUUACGCCCUAGAAUUCCGGGAAUCGGCCAAAAGGUCCGUUACGUGAAGUUGGUGACGCGAAAGAAGCGCAAAAAUCGCGAAAGAAUCAGAACGAAAAGAUAUCGUCCCUGAAAUUCCAUUUUAGAAUAUGGUUUUCGAGUUACUGUCC